CUCUCAAAUUUUAGGAUAGAGAGAAAGCGAGUGUAUACUCUGCAUGUAUAUAUAGAGAUAGAAUCUGUAUCUACACACCCAUUCAUCCGAUUGAGGAGAGAGAUAGAGAGCGCCAUUGAAGGCUAAACUAUUUUCGAGGGUUAAAGAGAUUAUGGAAGAAUUAACCCUCUGAAACAUUCCCUUUUCCAACCCAUUUUUGUUGGUUUGUUUAAGCGGUUUUUUUGGGGGUUUUCGUUUAUGAAAUUCGUAUGAACACAGGGGUUUAAUCAGUAUUUCUGCUCAAUUCGAAGGAAGAAUUAAGAGAAUAGAAUCAGUUUUCUGGAUUUUGGGGGUUUCGAAUCGGCAUUUUGAUCUGAAAUAAGUUCCGAUUGUUGAUUUUUGCCUCCAUGAUGACUGAUGGUUAUUCAACUUACAAGAAGAAAGAUGAUAUCUGUGACGAUGUGUGUGGUCAGGAGGUAAGCAGGAUGUCGAGAAUCCGUUGCAUGAUGCAAAGUCUGGAUUUACGAACAUUUAUCAUAUUAUUUGUGAUCAUUCCAUCUGGGUUUGUGGGUAUUUACUUUCAUGGACAGAAACUGACUUACUUUCUAAGGCCUCUAUGGCAAUCUCCCCCAAAACCGUUCAUUCCGAUACCACAUUACUAUCACGAAAACGUUUCAAUGGCUAGUCUUUGCGAGAUUCAUGGUUGGAAAUUACGAGAAUACCCUCGGAGGGUCUAUGAUGCAGUCUUGUUUAACAAUGAGAUAGAUAUGCUUACGAUCAGAUGGAAAGAACUCUACCCUUAUAUCACACAAUUUGUUCUUCUCGAAUCUUACUCUACUUUCACAAGCAUACCCAAACCCCAUUUCUUUGCCAUCAAUCAAGAAAGGUUUGACUUUGUGAAGCCGCGUUUGACCUACGCCACGAUCCCCGGAGGAUCGAGAAAGGGAAAGAACCCGUUUGUUGAAGAGGCGUACCAGAGAGUAGCAGUUGAUCGGCUUCUGAGAAUUGCAGGUAUCGAAGAUGAUGACUUAUUGAUAAUGUCGGAUAUUGACGAGAUCCCGAGUGGACACACGAUCGAUCUUUUGAGAUGGUGCGACGGAUCCCCUCCGAUCAUGCAUCUUAAUUUGAACAACUAUCUAUAUUCAUUCGAGUUCAAUUUGGAUCAUGACAGCUGGCGGGCUUCGGUGCAUAAAUACGAAAAGGGCCGAACGAGAUACGCUCAUUAUCGGCAAACCGACUAUCUCUUUGCGGAUUCCGGAUGGCAUUGUAGCUUUUGCUUUAGAAAAAUAAGUGAUUUUGUGUUCAAGAUGAAAGCGUACAGCCACUCGGACCGAGUGCGGUUUCGGCAUUAUCUCGACCCAAAAAGGAUUCAGAAUGUGAUUUGUAACGGUGAUGACUUGUACGAUAUGCUUCCUGAGGAGUACACAUUUCGAGAUAUCAUCGGGAAAAUGGGACCGAUCCCGCAUUCUUAUUCGGCGGUCCAUCUGCCAUCGUAUUUGUUGAAUCAUGCCGAUGAGUAUAAGUAUCUUUUGCCCGGGAAUUGCGUACGGGAAACGGGUUGAAUCGGGUCGGUGUACCCAAUACCAUGCAGAGAAGUAUGUGGUAGGGAUACCCAGGGGCAAAUAUGGCAAUGCAUAUUUUGAUUUAAGUAGGGAAAACUGCAAAGUGUUGGGUGGUGUUUUUUGUGUAUUUAUGCAACCCAAACAUACCUUCAACUUGCAUUUUGACAUAUGUUUAUGGGCAUUGUCUUACACACUGGUUUCAA